UCCGGGCAGCUAAUUGCCCGUCGAUUUAUACAGGCGACCACGUCGAUAGGGAUGCCACAAAAGAAGUUCCGGGAAGUACUUCCUCCAGAAGAGGCAGGAUGGGCUUUCAACCAUAUCGAGAAGAAGAAAGGACUUUAUAAGCCUAGGCAUACUGUGGAAGAACAAAUUGCCUAUAUGAAAAGUAAAGCAUACUAUGAUGCUUAUAAAGGAAUGCCUAUCUAUAGAUGGUAUAAGAGGAACUUCAAGGGACAAUCCAUUCUUCAACCUCCUCCUCGGCUAUUUUGCAUUGACAAACAUGGUAGAUUCAAUGUAAACAACGCUUGCCCGGUGUGUCGUGACGAAUAUCUGUUCUUUGAUUACCGAAAUCCAGUAUUGAUUGAACAGUUUUUGUCUGAUGGAACUCACCAUCCUAUCGAUAUUCUGAAAAGUGGCCUUUGUCGAGAGCAGUAUGCUAUGUUGAAAGCUCAACUGCUUGCUGCAAAGGAGCAUGGCACCAUCACAUUUGGCCUUGACUUUCGUAAUUUCGAUUUUCGGGAAUGGUACAAGGACUGGACGGAGCCACCAAUGCCUCACGUAGAAAGAGCGGGGAUCCGUUUACAGGACAUACAUCCAGAUCCUCUCGUGUCAUUUCCAGUUUUCAAGCGCGAUUAUAAUAAUGACUGGGACCAGUGGUGGUUGCGACACGAUAAGUUUGCUAAAAAAGCAAAAUGA